AUGGCUUCAAAUCCGGGUGAGGGGCAACAAAAUGCCUCUACCGCUGCCAAAGCUGCGGUAAACAACCCCUGGACCAGAAAAGACAGACCUUGUGAUGCGUGUCGAAGGAGAAAAAGUAGAUGUAUUAUGCCACAGGAUUCCGAGACCUGUAUCAUGUGUCAGUCCCGCUCAGAGCAAUGCACAUUCGUUCAAAGUCCGCAAAGAAGAAAGCGACGCCGGUUGGACGAUGAUGAGAAAACGAAACCCCAAUCUCCCGAGUCCGAAAGAAUCAGUAUUCACUCCAAACCACCAAUUAGCGAUUACACAGUUCUUCAAGGGCCUUCAUUGUUGAAACAAACUUUAGGUCUACAAAACCGACAGCAUGGUCAAUAUCUUGGGCAGACUACUGAAUAUGACACCCAAUUAAUCAAUCUUUCUCCUUUCAAUGGCAGGGGAGAAUUCGUCAGCACACCAGGGACACUUCGACGUGUCAGCCCUCAAAAUCAUUUCAUCAUGAAAUUGGAGAGUCAGGCAGAAAUAGAUGAGGAGCUGACGAAUUUGGAUCUUGUUGAAAGCAUUGUUCGGCCACAUGGACGCGCGCUAGUGGACCUGUAUUUCCGAAUCGUCCACCCGAGUUUUCCAAUCAUGCACAAAAAGGUGUUUCUGGAGAAAUAUGCUCGCACAUAUCGGGAAUUUACACCCCCAAUUCUCGCGGCCGUUUACAUACUGGCUCUCAAUUGGUGGUCAUAUAGUCCAGACCUCGUGAACCUUCCUAAGCCGGAUGUUCAGAAGCUUGAAAGGCUAGCCCCAAAGUUCAUCACCGAUGUCACAAAUCGACCCAAACUAUCGACAGUUCAAGCGGGCUUACUUCUGCUCCAACGACCAGAUGGAGAUUCCUGGUCACUGACCGGACAAUUGGUAGCGGUAGCGCAGAACCUCGGUCUUCAUCUUGACUGUUCUGGCUGGAAAAUUCCGGAAUGGGAGAGAAGUCUGAGAAAGAGACUUGCUUGGGGGCUGUUCAUGCAGGACCGAUGGGGGGCUUUGAUACACGGCCGACCGCCCUUGAUAAAUAUGGAAAACUGGUGUGUACGUCCGGUCGAAGCGAGAGACUUCCCCGAGACUACGAUAGAUGACGACGAAGAAGAAGGCAGCUCGGAAAUUGAGAAGGGAAGACUAUCAUACAUUGCUAUGAUCUCUUUGACUGAAAUCUUGAACGAUAUUCUGGCAACUUUUUUCACUCUCAGAGCGACCGCGGCGUUGGAAGAUGAGCAUGAAAAUGCGACUCUGGUAACGCUUGAGAAAGCAAAACCCAUACAGCUGCGGUUGAAAGAAUGGUAUGCCAGACUGCCAUCGAGUUUGGCGAUUGGCGAAACGAGAGCGAGGAAACUUUCGUCGACAGGCUCGCUACAUUUAGCUUACUUUGCAGCUGAAGUGACACUUCACAGGGCGAUUAUCAGAUUCGACGCAAGCCACACAGACGAAAACCUUCGAUCCAUCACACGAGCCGCAGCAAAGAUGCGAUUCACAUCCGCGAUCGACCUAGUCAACAGGUUAGAACCUGCUCACCUGCAGAGCUUUUGGUAUUUUGCGUCAAAAGUUAAUCUCGCCAUUAUCGGUACCUUUGGAAGUUUACUGUGGGCGACGAGUCAAACCGCCGAAGAAGCAGAGUUUUACAAAUCGCAGCUUGCAGAGUAUCGAUGGACUUUGAGAGUUAGCAGCAAAGCAGCAGAGUUCAUGAAAUUCACGGUCGGCCUUCUUGAUACCUCAACAGUGUUCGUUAAGGAUGCAACCUCCAAAAAUGGAACACCUAAAGUUGGGAAGCUGGAGACCGAGGAUAGCAGAAGCGAUCAAGUACCCCUUGCACCCGAAGUUGACAUGAAUUUGCAUGCGCAUGAGCCCACCAACACGGGAAUGAACGAGGUGUCACCAAGUGUUGGUUAUUCCACUGAGAGCCUUGGAGCAUACGAGCCAGAUGUUGAAGCUGGCACCAACCAAAUGGCGCAUGAAAACCUUCCUCAAUGGUCAGACUUUUCGAACCAUGUCAAUUUUACGUCAGGCGACAUCCAAGAUUGGGGGCUUGAUCAACUGUAUAAUUUUGAGACUAUUCCAAAUAUCAACCCCGCAAUACCUGGUCGGCCAUUUGUCCAAGAGUAUGAUGAGAGAGGGAAUCACUUUGCCGGAUUCUAA